AUGGAUGAUCAGGGAGCGCUGUUGGCUACUCUCUAUGUGAGACAAGUGUUAGUGGAACGAACAAUUGAAGCCCAAUUGCAGGAUCCAUUGAUCUGUACUAUUAGAUUGGAGGUUGAGAAUGGUACCAAAAUAGGUUACUUAGUCAGAGAUGAUGGAACUUUAAUGAUGGGUACCAGAUUGUAUGUUCCUGAUGAUGGAGCAUUAAAAAAGGAAAUUCUUGAGGAGGCUCACUGUUCUGCUUUUGCGAUGCAUCGUAGCAGCACGAAAAUGUACCGUACUCUAAAGGAACAUUAUUGGUGGCCUUUCAUGAAGAAAGAAAUUGCAAAGUAUGCCACUUUUGGAACUCAAUUACGGUUUAGUACUGUAUUUCAUCCCCAGACUGAUAGAAAAUUAGAAAGGACGAUUCCGACCUUGGAAGACAUGUUGGGGACUUGUGCAUUGCAGUUUAGGGGUGAUUGGGAUGAGAAACUACCACUCAUAGAGUUUGCAUAUAAUAACAGUUAUCAAGCAAGUAUUAGGAUGUCACCAUUUGAUGCUUUGUACGGAAGACAAUGUAGGACUCCAUUGUAUUGGGAUGAAGUGGGUGAGCAUAGGUUGGAAGUAUCUGAAGAUGUUGAACGGACAAAGAAGCAAGUUGAACUGAUUAGAGAAAGACUUAAGACAGCCCAAGACCGAUAG